AAGAUUCCAGAGAGUUCCAGAAGCUCUGAGCUCAAUUCGACACUUCUCGAACGCCUUUUGAAGAAGGGCUAUAUAGACGAGAUCUGUAGUCUUCGCUUGUCAUACUCGUCUGAGCACUUUAACGUCGGAGUUUACUCUCCCAAAACACCGAGGACCAAGAUGCCUGAGGAUCAUCCAAUGGAGGAGACGGAGACCUUUGCCUUCCAGGCUGAGAUUGCUCAGCUGAUGUCCCUGAUCAUCAACACCUUCUAUUCCAACAAGGAGAUCUUCCUCAGGGAGCUCAUCUCCAACUCCUCGGAUCCACUUGUGUUGGAUAAAAUCCGCUAUGAGAGCUUGACCGACCCCAGCCGACUGGACUCCUGCAAAGACCUGAAGAUCGAAGUCCGGCCCGACCUGCACGCUCGCACCCUCACCCUGGUCGAUACGGGUAUCGGCAUGACCAAAGCCGACCUGAUUAACAACCUGGGCACCAUUGCCAAGUCGGGCACCAAGGCAUUCAUGGAAGCCCUGCAGGCCGGAGCCGACAUCUCCAUGAUCGGUCAGUUCGGCGUGGGCUUCUACUCGGCCUACCUGGUGGCCGACAAGGUGACGGUUGUCACCAAGCACAAUGACGACGAGCAGUACGUGUGGGAGUCCGCGGCCGGGGGCUCGUUCACCGUCAUGGUGGACAAGACUAAUGAACCGAUUGGUCGUGGAACCAAGGUUAUUUUGCACCUGAAGGAUGACCAGAUGGAAUACGUUGAGGAGCGGAGGGUCAAAGAGAUUGUGAAGAAGCACUCGCAGUUUAUCGGCUACCCCAUCACGCUCUAUGUUGAGAAGGAGCGAGACAAGGAGGUGAGUGACGACGAGGCAGAGGAAGAAGGCGAGGAGAAGGAGAAAGAGAAGGACAAAGACAAGGAUGAGGAAGAGCAAGACGACGACCAGCCCGAGGUGGAGGACAUCGGCGAGGACGACGAAGAGCACGACAAGUCCUCAGACAAGAAAAAGAAGAAGAAGAUCAAGGAGAAGUACAUUGACCAGGAGGAGCUGAACAAAACCAAGCCUCUGUGGACGCGCAGUGCCGACGAUAUCACCAACGAGGAGUACGGCGAGUUCUACAAGAGCCUUACGAAUGACUGGGAGGAGCACUUGGCUGUCAAGCACUUCUCAGUGGAGGGUCAGCUGGAGUUCCGCGCCCUGUUGUUUGUGCCUCGCCGCGCGCCAUUUGACCUCUUUGAGAACAAGAAGAAGAAGAACAAUAUCAAGCUGUACGUGCGCAGAGUCUUCAUCAUGGAUAACUGCGAUGAGCUCAUCCCAGAGUACCUCAACUUCAUCAAGGGCGUGGUGGACUCUGAGGAUCUGCCCCUGAACAUCUCCAGAGAGAUGCUGCAGCAGAGCAAGAUCCUCAAGGUCAUCCGCAAGAACCUGGUCAAGAAGUGCCUGGAACUCUUCACAGAGCUCGCUGAAGAUAAAGACAACUACAAGAAGUGCUAUGAGCAGUUCUCAAAGAACAUCAAACUCGGCAUCCACGAAGAUUCCCAGAACAGGAAGAAGCUGUCCGAGCUGCUACGAUACUACACUUCCGCUUCCGGAGAGGAGAUGGUUUCUCUGAAGGACUAUGUGACGCGGAUGAAGGACAACCAGAAACAUAUCUACUACAUCACAGGCGAGACCAAAGACCAGGUGGCCAACUCGGCCUUUGUGGAGCGCCUCCGCAAGGCCGGCUUGGAGGUCAUCUACAUGAUCGAGCCCAUCGACGAGUACUGCGUCCAACAGCUGAAGGAGUUUGAGGGCAAGAACCUGGUCUCGGUCACCAAGGAAGGCCUUGAGCUACCCGAGGAUGAGGAUGAGAAGAAGAAGCAGGAGGAGAAAAAGGCUCAGUUUGAAAACCUGUGCAAGAUCAUGAAAGACAUCUUGGAGAAGAAAGUAGAGAAGGUCACAAUCUCCAAUCGCCUGGUAACAUCCCCCUGCUGCAUUGUGACCAGCACAUACGGCUGGACGGCAAACAUGGAGAGGAUCAUGAAGGCCCAGGCCCUCAGAGACAACUCCACCAUGGGCUACAUGGCAGCCAAGAAGCACCUCGAGAUCAACCCUGAGCACCCCAUCAUGGGGACGCUGCGGCAGAAGGCAGAAGCGGACAAGAACGACAAGUCUGUGAAGGAUUUGGUCAUCCUGCUGUUCGAGACGGCACUGCUGUCCUCGGGAUUCACGCUGGACGACCCGCAGACGCACUCGAAUCGCAUCUACAGGAUGAUCAAGCUUGGUCUUGGCAUCGACGAAGAUGAGCCGACUCUAGAUGACACCACCGGCCCCGUUGAGGAAAUGCCCCCACUGGAAGGUGACGACGACACAUCCAGGAUGGAGGAAGUGGACUAAAACUGCUCCCCACACCCCACGGUUACGUCUCAUUAAAGUUAUCCGAGCGCACUGUCAAUACUGGAACACCCCCUUAACUUCUCCCUUUGGAAUCCCCCCCCCCCUCCAAUGCUGUUGCAAUUCUGAUUUUUGAAACUCGCCACUUUUUGUAUUUGUUUUUCUAUUUUAUUGAUGUUGAAGCAUUCCAUAUGUUUGACUUGAACUGUAAAUGCAGUGCAAGCUAAGUGAAGCUGUAAAAAGUGGUGGGAGCCUCGAAUAAAGUUGAACAUAAUGAAAAA